GCGAUGGGUAUAGCAACAGUGGCAGCAGCUGCCGCCUCUUCAUCCCUCAAUUCAUCCCUAAGGGCAGCAGCAGAUGCGGGACAGCUGAAAUCGUUCUCGUUCUCUUUCCCUUCUUGUUGGGCAGUUUCAUUUCCACAUCACAAACUCACUCCCACCGCUCUCACCCACUGCCCGUGGAGGAGGAAAUUAAGUAGAAGGGUUAUUUGCGAGGUUGCUGCCGCCGAUGUCUCUCCAUCAACAUCAUCAGAUGAACCCGCCGCCACCGCCUUCUCCAAAAUAGGAGCUAGGGUUAGGGUGAAGGUGCCUCUGAAGGUGUACCACGUGCCCAGAGUUCCGGAGGUGGACAUUACUGGCAUGGAAGGUGAGCUCAAGCAGUACGUUGGGCUGUGGAAGGGCAAGCGGAUUUCGGCCAAUCUCCCUUAUAAGGUGCAGUUCGUCGUCGAUGUUCAAGGCCGUGGCGCCGUUAAGUUCUUCGCCCAUCUCAAGGAGGAUGAGUUCGAAUAUCUUUGAUCAAUUUCGGUUAGUUCGAUCCAUAUAUAUCAAUCUCUCUCUCACCUCACACAUUAUAUAUCAAAUAAAAAUUAUAAAAGAUGUUGAUUCAUCUGGCUUCAAAUAAACUGCAACUGCACUUGAAUGUAUGUAUUUAAUCACAUUUACAUGGAUCAAUCUAAUAUUAUUAUUUCUCUUGA